AUGACGGGCAAGAAUAGGAAAAGAAAGAGAGAGGAAUCAUUGAACGAAAAAAAUGAGGAUUCAAAAAUAUGUCAAUCUGGUGUUGAACCAGAGUGCAAGGAAGCAAUAUGUAAAAUAAAAAAAGUAGAGGACAGCGUGGAGAAUAAGAAAGUCGAAGGUGAGAAAUUAUAAUAGGAAGGGAGGAAGUGCGAGUCUCAGAUGAGUCCAUGUAUAUUAAGAAAAAAAAAGGAAAACAUGACAUUUCAUUUAAUGAAAGACAAUUAAUCUAAUUAUAGAGAAAAAUAGUCUGUACUGUCAUAUAACAAUUCAACAAAGUCAUUGUACAUUCCAAUUGUCACUAUAUAGUUAUAUCAUAUUAUAAUAAUAUCAUGUUAUACAAUCCUAUAGUUGGAUAAAAUCAACAUUUCCUAAAGUUCCACAUUCCAGCAGACUAUAAACUCUUAUAAUAAGGACCGUAGUGUUCUGCAGAUCCAAUUACUAUUAGAAUGUAAUGUCACUACUUUCUUGUAUAUUAUAUCUGCACAUUUUACAAUGUUAGGGAUCAAAUGAGAAAUAAUGAUGUAAUAAAUGAUAGUAUUACCCACUGACGCUAUCAGUAAUCUAGAUAUUGUGGUAUAAAAUGCUCCAUUCUAGCAGAUCUAGGUUAAAAUACAUGCUGCCUUGUUUUAUGCACUUUACUCAUUUCAAAGUGCUCACUCCACAACGUCCCCAAACUGUCACCUAAGACAAUGUACAAGCCACAGCUUUUAUUUUGACUGGAUAAAGGUGAUGAUAUCAAGUAAAUACUAGAUGGAAAACCAUCAUGAAUACUAAGCUUGGCCAAUUUGAUUGAGAUUUGGCAAAUUAUUUUAUUUACUUUUUUAUUUUCAACAGGAAGAACUCAUGAGCCUUCGGCUGCCGAUGCCUUUUUCAACAGGCUUACGUUUCACCGACUCCUCGGAAGAGGCAGUUUUGGCAAAGUAUGUAAUGUUUAGACGGGUACUCAUAUGUAUUUAUUCAAAAUUUAGAAUAACCUUUUAAAAAUGUUUAUCUAGCUAUAGAUCUCCUUACUUCUAUAUUACAGCAAAUUUAAACUAAUGGACCAUUAUUCAUAUUUUACGCCCUCUUACAAUGCAAUUUAUUUCUAUUCCCAAGUGUAAACUUCCAAGGUUAUAUUACUUAGGAGUGAAUUUAGCAGAAUUUCAUGCAUGGGAAAAAAAAAAAUUUCUAGUUGAGCUAAUUUAGCUUAAAGGACCACUCUAGGCACCCAGACCACUUCAGCUUAAUGAAGUGGUCUGGGUGCCAGGUCCAGCUAGGGUUAACCCAUUUUUUAAUAAACAUAGCAGUUUCAGAGAAACUGCUAUGUUUACUAAUGGGUUAAGCCUUCCCCCUAUUCCCUCUAGUGGCUGUCUCAUUGACAGCCACUAGAGGCGCUUGCGUGCUUCUCACUGUGAUUUUCACAGUGAGAGCACGCCAGCGUCCAUAGGAAAGCAUUGUAAAUGCUUUCCUAUGAGACCGGCUGAAUGCGCGCGCAGCUCUUGCCGCGCGUGCGCAUUCAGCCGGUGGGGCGUAACGGAGGAGGAGAGAAGGCAGAGAGCUCUCCGCCCAGCGCUGGAAAAAGGUAAGUUUUAAACCCUUUCCCCUUUCUAGAGCCGGGCGGGAGGGGGUCCCUGAGGGUGGGGGCACCCUCAGAGCACUAUAGUGCCAGGAAAACUAGUAUGUUUUCCUGGCACUAUAGUGGUCCUUUAAGAAUUUGAAAAAUAAUUUAGAAUUUACUUUGAAUUUCUAAAUAUUCACACUGAAGUAAAAAAAUACCGUCAGAUUAUUUUCAGGUCAGCCCACUGUAAAAGCUGUUGCAUACAUUAAAGCUUACGUUAUUUUAAAUUCGACCACCAGUAUAACAAAUCGCUAUAUUUUGGUUCACUGGUUGGAUUAACUUCUGCACAUCAAAAUUUUUUACUUGGAUAUCACUUUAAGGUAUGGUUAAAUUGUGUAGCAGCAAAACCACGAGAAUGCACUAGCCAAAAUCAAUAAAAGCAUAUACAAUAAUGAGAAAUAGAAUAAACAAUAUAUUAAGGCAUAGGCAACCUUCGGCACUGCAGAUGUUUUGGACUACACCUCCCUUGAUGCUUUGCCAUCAUUAUGUGUGUUAGAGCAUUAUGGGGGAUGUAGUCCACAACAUCUGGAGUGCCGAAGGUUGCUUAUCCCUGUAUUAGACUAAUAAAUUUCAUUUCUCAGCGUCCCAGUAAAUGUUAACCCACACAUAGACAUUGCCCUAACAAGGGCAACAGCAGCCUUCUCCCCAAACAUUCUCAGAGAUCUAUAGAUUUCAGAAUAUAUAGAUCCAUUCCGAAUGCUUGAUUGAAUUAGUGAAGAUGGCACCUCUUAUAGUCAGUCUCCAAGUUAUGUUUAUUUGGUGUAAUUUCUUAUAUUUUCAAAUAAUUAUUAGCCUCUCCUCUACUAUUCUUAUAGAAAUGUUACUUUUCUAAUAGUAAUCUUCCACCAUAUCUGUGUGUCUUCUCCAGGGGAUGCUAGCAUCUGAUAACAUGACCAAUCAGAGGGUAGCAGUAAAGAUUGUAAGAAAGCUAACCCUGCUUGGUAAUGAUGAAGAUGAAACACUAGUAGAACGUCGCGUGCUUGAGGUGGCCAGUGGAUGCCGCUUCCUCACUGAUGCUCAUGCCAUGUUCCACACUGAGGUAAUAAGAUGAUAUCCAUCUAUCAACCGUUUUAUUACAAUAAUAAUAAAUAGCAUAUAAUGCAACGUGGACUCUUAUUUAAUUGAAUUAUUUUCUCUGUUUGCAUACAGGACCAUCUUCUGUUUGUAAUGCAGUAUUUGCAGGGAGGAGAUCUGAGUCAGUUACUUAGAAGAACAUGGAGGAUGGACAUUGAUACCGUCAGGUAAUGCUUGAAAUGAGAUGGAAAGUGUAAGAGGGCGAUAGAAAGGGCACUGAGAAUGGGAAAGAGGAGAAAGAGGACAAUAGACAAUAAGAGUGGAGUUUCAGUGGAGUUACAGAUGGAACUCAACCAGGUGUUGUGGGAAUGGAGUUUUACAGUUUUCACCUGAACAUCUCUAAAUUCUUUCACCUUCAGGAACUUGGUCAAUCCUCCACAGAUACACAUAGACAAAUAUUACAGAGUCUUUAUCAUGCUUUGUGCUAAAAUUCUAAGCGUCUAAUAAAAUAUUAAUUUCCUAUCACCAGAUUUAUUGCUGCUCAACUGGUAUGUGGGCUGCAAUUCCUCCAUGAACAUGGAAUUCUCCAUAGGUAACUAAAGUAGUCAUUUAUUAUUUGUGUUCGGGGCAUUCUCAUAUGAUAUAGAAUAAGAUGGGUUGUAGAGAUGUAGCUUUAGGAAUAAUCGGUUGAGGUGUGCCGAAACCGACGUAUGCUGUAAGCCGGUAAAAAGUGGGCUUACAUAGAGGAAAUAUGAACAAUGGGAGUGGAGGGUGGGGCUAUUCGUCUGACCAACAAAGGUAAGUAGGGAAAGGGGGGAGUCCCUUUUAUAGGUCUAUAGCCCCUCCCACAACUUCAGGCCAUGCCUUCCAAUUUGUGUUCGGGGCAUUCUCAUAUGAUAUAGAAUAAGAUGGGUUGUAGAGAUGUAGCUUUAGGAAUAAUCGGUUGAGGUGUGCCGAAACCGACGUAUGCUGUAAGCCGGUUAAAAGUGGGCAAAAAGAGACAUAUUAAUGCAAAACAUUAUACAGGAUCAUAGUGCAUUUGUUAACCAUCAGUUAGACAUUUUAAUGAAAGCGUCCUAAUUCCUGAAUCGGCUGUGGUAUGUACGUUGCAUAAGCCUAUGAUUCCCAGCGGCCCCGUGUCUUAACGUGUGCGGGGAUGUCUUGGCUAUACGCUGUGUAAGCUGCUCCUAUCCUAAAGGAGUGUCCUGAGUAGUCGCUAGGGUUUAGUUCGAGCACGAUGAAUGAGUAGGUGGACAUAGUACAUGAACUUACCUGUGGUAAGGACAGUAUCGUACAGCGACAGUAAUGGUUCAGUGGUGCGUAUGGUGGCGUGCCCAAGAACGUAAUCAGUACCUUAACCGGGCACCCAGCAUUGCUUGUAAGGUAGUAGGUUAUAUGCACUGGCUCGCCCCUCUGACUCAUCUUAGUUUUAGGAAGGGACCGGACAUAGUGGUCUUUGUGUUUUAGAAGAUAAGAGGUCAACAGGCACUCUUGUUAAUGAUGUUGGCCGCUGAUAGGGAGUUAUUGUUUUGGCUUGAGAAAGCCGUUAAAGGCUAGAUAGGUAGCAGUUUUGAUAACUGCAUUGGUGCGUGGCUCGGAAGUGCAUGGUCGAGUGGUUCUGUCAUGGUUUGAACAUUGUAUAUCUAUGGCCAGUAUUAGUUUUAGCGGCAACGUCCGCUUGGCCAUGUCUCUAAGUAAGGUAUGUAUGGGGUAGGAGGAUAGGAAGCCUUGUUGUUUGGGAUGGAGAAAUACGUAUAGUGUUGAAUGCCCGUGAGAUAAAGUUUAACCGUGUUGUGCGAGAAUUAUUAACUUAAGGUGGCAAAAAAGAGGCGAAGGCCAUACGUGGUGAAACCUCAAAUCAGCUAAGUGAUGGUCCGACAUGAAACGUAUUGUAUAAGUGGAAAACCCUGUAGCAAGCGUGUUGAGUGCUGGUGGACAAGGCCAGUUUAGUCAGAGCCCGGCUAUGUUGGCAAGGUUCAUGUAAUCCAUGACCUUGACCAUAAAUGACCCCCUGCCAUGGCGGCUGUCACGGCAGCUGCCACAAUAAUUUACCAUUACGUGUGGUUAAGAAAGUCCACCAUAUGUGUAGGUCUGCCAUGGCUUGGUUGUCUAGGGACAGCCCCUGAUCAUCAUUCGGGAGGGAGGAAAAAGCAAAGUGGUCUGAGAUGAAAGCGUGGCCUGCGGUACGAUGUGCAUGGCAAAAUUUAAGGAACCUGGUAGGGAUUGUAGUUCCAUGUGGUUGCAAGUACCAAGCAGGAGGUGGUAAUUGGUGUUGUUGCGACUGUUCCUAUUUCUUGCGUGGUAACUUGUUGGUAUGGAUGCCGAGUCAAGUUGUAUGCCCAGGAAUGUAACGAUAGUGUCUGGGUCUUCUGUGACCUUAGGGAAUACUGGGACACCCAAUUGUUCAGACAUACUAAUGGCUUCCUUGAAGCUUCUAGAGGGAAAGGCAUUCCCUUUGACCAACAAGAAAUCUCGGGAGUGUAUGACUGUGGGGCAUCUGGAUAUGUUUAACCACAACCAGUAAAGAGUUCAACGAAUAUAUUGAAGAUUGUGGGCUGCUCUUGACCCGAAAGUUAAGCGGGAGAAGAAAUAUAUAACUGCUGCCCAUAAAUGCCCUGUAAGUGCCAGUGCAGGGUGAAUGGUGGCAGUCUGAAAUGCGUUUGUGAUAUCAGUUUUACUUAACCAGGCUUCCCCUCCCAGCUUGAGUGAUAGUUGUCGUGGUAUGAACAAUGGUGGCAUACUGUAAUGAAAACUCUUCGGAGGGUAUGAGGGAGUUGAGAUUAUGGGGAAGCCGAGGCGUGAGGUGCAGAUAAGUCUGUGAUCAGUUACAGUGUGAGGGAAGAUUUCCUGUGACAAUCCCAAUGGGAUUACGCCACACUGUAAAUGGUGUAGAUCAGAGAGGCCCAGGUAGAAAUCUUUCUGCCAUUUCUUGGGCCAUGAGUGUAAUGCCAGCUGUUGGAUGCUGCUGUGAUGACUGCAAGUUAGGGCAUUCUAGAUUCCCCCAAAAAUAUAUGGCAAUACCUGAACAGAAGGCCUUUAAAAUCGGAGAUUAGGAAAUAAACUAAAUGUCUGGAAGGGUGAUAAGUUAGAAAGUACUGGAAAUGCAUAAUGUUUACAGACGAGAAGUAAGGUUCAGGGUACAUUUAUUGGGACACAUGGUUUUUGCAUGUGCCCUGACAUAUUGGGAACAUAUCUGCAACAGUCUGCAUGCACUGAAACUACAUGUGCCAACAUGGAAAUUGUUGCAAAUCUGGGAUUUGCCAAAGAGAAUGAAACGACCCAAUUUGUCUCUGGUAGUUCGCUACGUUCUACCAGAGGUGCUAGAGCCUGGAGCCUGAAACGUUAUCGUACGCUGUGCUCGGACAAAAUUGUCCUGUGGGACUAGCAACAUCUCCAAGUGAAUGUGUUGACUCUAGCUGGAGUGUUAGGUAGAGAGAAAUCCUUAUCACGUGCUUGAUACAUAUUAAAAAUCAUGAAGAUAGCCAUUAUUAUAUGAACCCACAGUGUGCUAGUACUGGCUUGCUAGCUAAAGCCGCAAGGCGAAACAAUUAAUCCUUUGUUUGGUGACAGGUGAGGCCCUGCUAGUUGCCAAGUGGCUUGAGAGGCUCUAUCUAUGCAAUGGCGCGAGGGGAUUUUUGUGGCCACCAAACGUAGUGGCAGGAUGUUGGCCUCUCGUGACUGUAACCAUAAAAAAGGGGAAGGGAGUGACAGGUGAGGCCCUCUCUAUAUACCAUGCGAGGCGGCUAGCUCACGAGUGGCCCGAUGGGUGUUUGCCUCCGAGCGUUGAGGCGGGGUGUUGGCCUCGCGGGACCACUAUACGACAGGCGUAGAUGCCAAGAAAGGAAAAUAUCUAUUGGAAACCUAUAGUCCCUAAUUGCCAGUACGCUAAGGAUAUACCCAGGGGGAAACAGAAAAUGUAUGUAUAUACCACAUGAGCAGGUGUAUGUACCUGGUAGUAUGAUUAGAUACCCUUACUGGUCGUAAAGGUUAUUAAUACCUGUAUCCCAGACGGGUAAAACAAUGUAUGAAAAUCGAAUAUAGACAUUUAAAAGCGUAUAUCCAUAUGCGUGUUAUGCAAGUUUAAUAGAGCAAAGUGCUCUGUCCCAAUGUUUAUUGUAUGCUUGUAAUGCCCCUGUUUGAAGGAAAUUAACUUGUCGGGAGUGUUAUAUCAUGUGUGAUAUGGAACACAACUGUACCCUGAAACAUGAGUGUAGUGAACCAUGACUGGCAGCUGAAUAACCUAAUAAGUGAAAAUACAUAAUUGGAAGGACUUAUAUUUUAAGCGUGCAAAUAUUCCGUAUUAGACUCUGGAAAACUGCAUAGUGCUUUAAAUAGUAUGUGCAUUCUUGGGUAAAUGUAUGCGUAUUGUCAGUAAAUGUAACUAAAUGCCUAUGAAGGCAGGUAUGCAGGAAUGAUUAUAUGAUAGUAAGCAUGAUUGUAAGGAAGUGUUAUUGUGUAAUUAUAAUUAUAGUGGGAACGUUAUGAGGGGAAUAACCAUAUGUCUGAAAAGCCUGUAGUAUACCGUUUGACAGAUAGGAGUCAGUAUAAAAGUGAAAAUGAUGUAGUUAGUUUGUUUGCUUAUGAAGUGAAAUAAAGUCGGAGAAGCCUGUAGUACACUGAAUGACUGGUAAGGGUCAGCAUGUAGGCAAAAAUGCCGUGGUUCGUUGGUUUGUACAUGAAAUGCAAUAAUGUCUGAGAAACCUGUAGUACACCGAAUGACCGGUAGAGGUCAGUGUGUAGGCUCAAAUGCAGUGAUUCGUUGGUUUGUAGAUGAAAUGCAAUAAUGUCUGAGAAGCCUGUAGUACACCGAAUGACAGGUAGAGGUCAGUGUGUAGGCUCAAAUGCAGUGGUUCGUUGGUUUGCACAUGAAAUGCAAUAAUGACUGAGAUGCCUGUAGUUACACCAAAUGACUGGUAGUGGUCAGUGUCUUGGUGAAAAUGCAGUGGUUUGUACAUGAAAUGCAAAAACUUCUAAGAAGCCUAUAGUACACCGAAUGACCGAUAGGGGUCAGUGUCUAGGUGAAAAUGCAGUGGUUCGUUGGUUUGUACAUGAAAUACAAUAAUAUCUGAGAAGCCUGUAGUACACCGAAUGACUGGUAGGGGUCAGUGUGUAGGUUAAAAUGCAGUGGUUAAUUGGUUUGUACAUGAAAUGCAAUAAUGUCUGAGAUGCCUGUAGUACACCGAAUGACCGGUAGGGGUCAGUGUGUAGAUGAAAAUGCAGUGGUUCAUGGUUUGUACAUGAAAUGCAAUAAUGUCUAAGAAGCCUGUAGUACACCGAAUGACCGGUAGGGGUCAGUGUGUAGGCGCAAAUGCAGUGGUUCGUUGGUUUGUACAUGAAAUGCAAUAGUGUCUGAGAUGCCUGUAGUUACACCAAAUGACUGGUAGGGGUCAGUGUCUUGGUGAAAAUGCAGUGAUUUGUACAUGAAAUGCAAAAACGUCUAAGAAACCUGUAGUACACCGAUGACCGAUAGGCGUCAGUGUGUAGGCACAAAUGCAGUGGUUCAUACAUGAAAUGCAAUAAUGUCUGAGAUGCCUGUAGUACACAGAAUGACCGGUAGGGGUCAGUGUCUUGGUGAAAGUGCAGUGAAAAUGCAGUGGUUUGUACAUGAAAUGCAAAAACGUCUAAGAAACCUGUAGUACACCAAUGACCGAUAGGGGUCAGUGUGUAGGCACAAAUGCAGUGGUUCGUACAUGAAAUGCAAUAAUGUCUGAGAUGCCUGUAGUACACAGAAUGACCGGUAGGGGUCAGUGUCUUGGUGAAAAUGCAGUGGUUUGUACAUGAAGUGCAAAAAACGUCUAAGAAACCUGUGGUACACCGAUGACCGAUAGGGGUCAGUGUGUAGGCACAAAUGCAUUGGUUCGUACAUGAAAUGCAAUAAUGUCUGAGAAGCCUGUAGUACAUCGAAUGACCGAUAGGGGUCAGUGUGUAGGCGAAAAAUUGUAUGUCGUUUGUAGUUUUAACCCAACAGAUUUUUAACCAAAACAGAUUUUAACCAACAGAUUUUACAUGAACAGCUAGGUGAGUAUAAGGUAACGAAAUAACCGUGCAAAACAAAAGGAAACCGUAAAGUGAGGACCCGUGCUGUGUUGAACGCCGUGGGAACUAAUCCUGGCGCAACAGGUGGGUCAACUUACGGUUUGUGAGUCCCUGAGACACCAAAUGCGAUGCUGACCGGAGAGAAAGCCACUGGAUUAAUGGAAAUCCCUGCUGCAGGAUUCCUGGACACAGCUUGGAGUAGGAGACCUCAUGGAGCAAAGGUGAAACCAAAAUGGCGUCUUGUAUGACCUGGAAGUGGAUCUCAUGCAAAUGCUGACCUUGAACAGUCUAUUCAUCUGACCAACAAAGGUAAGUAGGGAAAGGGGGGAGUCCCUUUUAUAGGUCUAUAGCCCCUCCCACAACUUCAGGCCAUGCCUUCCAAUAUAUGUAAUUAUUUUAUCUUUUGUCUGGGCUGAAGAUUUUCUGUCCUUCCAUUUAAUUUAUGAUUAUGUAUUAUCUUUCCUAAAUCUUAAAGCUUCAUUACUCAUUUGUACGAUCUGUGAUCUUUACAGAGACUUGAAGCCAGAAAAUAUCUUAUUGGAUAAAAACGGUAACGUUAAAAUUGCCGAUUUUGGUGUUUCUUUGGAAAACAUGUUUGGAGAUAAAACAGCUACAGCUUAUGCUGGAACAAAAAUGUACAUGGCUCCGGAGGUGAGGAGUAGAUUAUAAAUAAUGUGCAAUAUCAUAUUUUAUUUUUGUAUUUAUUUAUUUAUUACUGGUAUUUAUAAAGCACCAACAGAUUCCGCAGCGCUGUACAAUUAGUGGAGGAUGUACAAUAUACGCAGUCAAAUACAAAAGGUAGAGAGGGCACUGCCCGUAAGCCUAUGUCUAGCCUCUUUUAUACAGAGUGCUCAGCUAGAUUGCCCAUGAGCUUACAAUCUAAAGGAUACAGUUGGGAUUUGAGACAAGAGGUAGCAGGGGAAAUGUGGAAGUGAUGUCUAAAAGAAGUUCACAGAGAAUUGCAGCUAUUGGUAAAAUGUAAAGGGAAUGAAGAGGUAAUUGAGUGAGAAUCUUAAACAGCUGGAUGAGCAUGCUACAUAUUUAGGGGGAACCUGGGUGGGCGGGAUGAGGGGAGGGUGGGUGUAUAGUGCUGAGGAAAAAUGUUCCUUUAUUGUUGGUUCUGGGAGUGUAAGGUGAGGUCUGAAGAACAGAGAUGGAGAUGGAACAGUUAUAUGAAGGUAUUUACAGCCGGGAGGAGCAUAGGAAAAAGGGGGAGGAGGGAGGGAGGGAGGGGGAGAGGGUAGAGUAGCCAUGUGUUGUAUACAAUUACAUGAUUUUGCUAUUUCAUUACGAAAAGUCAUGAUUUUAUGAAAGACACAGAGGUGAGUAUUGCUUAACGCUUUCUUUACUGUCUACCAAUAGCAGCAAAGAAUACAAACAGUAAGAAAAAACAGUAACCAUAGUGAUAGACCACUCCCAUACCAAGUCCCAGUAUAAUAGUCAGCACCUCCCCACACAAUUUCUCUGUCUUUGGAGAUGCGACACCAAACCAGCAAACAGGAACCGAAGAACAGUCCAGAAUACAGUAGAACAACCAUCCCGAAAUCCAGCCGGAUACCGAUCAGGAACCAUCUGCGAACCGGGACUAAACCAUCAACCAAUAAAGAAGCGUCAACAACAAGGAGUCAAUCACAGCACCAUCCAUAGAUCUCCAGCCAACAUGGUGAAAUCUUGGGAAGAAGUGAGGGUCUCUAUACAGCACCAACAGCGCAGAAUCAACCUGUGAAAACAUAAAAAACAGGAGCCUAACCGUUAAAUCGGUCCUUAAACCAAUUGCGCAUGCCAAGACAUAAUGUAUUGAUGUACUGAAACAACUCAAAUAUGGACUCAGCAUCAGCCUAAUCACUAGACCCGAUUUCUGAGUCGGAGUCACUCUCUUUUUGUGCUCUAGCACAUUUCCACUGCCGCACCCGUUCUGUCUGGUGCGGAAAGGCUCUCUUGCGUGACAUAUCCAAAUAUAGGUAUUGGAAAAUGCACUCUAUACCUAUACCUUGUCCUGGAAUCCUGGGUGCAAUGAACUGGAUAAGCCCCAGUACCAAAGGGACCAAAUGUCAAAUAUAAAUAUAGAAAAGAAAUCCAGGCACAAGGUGUUCCACCGAUUAGGCAAUUUUUAUUGGACCCAAGCACCAAACAACAUUUCGACCCCUUAGGGCCUUUGUCAAGCUUGACACGCUGUCAUGGGUGGACACAGUUACACCAGUCAUAUUGGUUCUGGAGGCAGGGGGACUUAAGUGCCUGGCUUUGGCCAUUGCCUUUCUUGGAACAUCCCUUCUAGAGCAGAACACGCUAAGCGCGUUGGUGUGGCCGAGCCUUCUGCGGCCAAAGGGCAUGCCAGUAAGGCUUGUGAAAUAGUUUGGGAAAGGGCAGAGGACAUGGAGCUCAUGGCGGCCAUAAUGGCGUCCGUAACGGAGCGCUGUAGUGCCAGGGAGUGGGCAUCAUCGGGAACAGACAUAGGGUCACCUGCAGAGGAAGGGGGGCCAAAGCUGGCAGAGGGGUUAUCCAAAGCAUGGGGUAUAUACAUCUCCCCAGGGUAUGGGGGGUGGCAGUCACUUUGGACUUGGGUAUAAUAAAUUUGCUGUGAGAUAUCCCAAUGACACCAAAUAUAAAAUUAUAUAUGCUGCAGGGAGUAGAAAGCUAAAACUAAAAUGAUAGGAAUAAAGAGAGGCUAGCAGGAGUUAAUCACCCCAAACUAGCUAUACCUUAUUAGAGGGUAGAGAUAGGGAGCUCACCAGGGCCCAGAUCGGCAGACAGGAAGAGGACACGAGGAAUAGCAAAGAGACUGAAGGAUAGGGUGUUAGAAAAUGGCCGCCGGCAAUCUCGCGAGAUUCGCAGCAAAAUCCUGAGAAUUCGUCAAAUGGGAGUUCGUGGUCUGGGAGUGUGAGGUGAGGUCUGGGAGUUGUAGGAGUUCGUGCAGGAUGUUAAAUGCAGAGCUCCUGUAUUGUUGGUCUGGGAGUGUAAGGUGAGGCCUGGGAGUUGUGGGAGUUCGUGCAGGAUGUUAAAUGCAGAGCUCCUGUAUUGUUGGUCUGGGAGUGUAAGGUGAGGCCUGGGAGUUGUGGGAGUUUGUGCAGGAUGUUAAAUGCAGAGCUCCUGUAUUGUUGGUCUGGGAGUGUAAGGUGAGGCCUGGGAGUUGUGGGAGUUCGUGCAGGAUGUUAAAUGCAGAGCUCCUGUAUUGUUGGUCUGGGAGUGUAAGGUGAGGCCUGGGAGUUGUAGGAGUUCGUGCAGGAUGUUAAAUGCAGAGCUCCUGUAUUGUUUGUUCUGGGAGUGUAAGGUGAGGUCUGGGAGUUGUAGGAGUUCGUGCAGGAUGUUAAAUGCAGAGCUCCUGUAUUGUUGGGCCUGGGAGUUGUAGGAGUUCGUGCAGGAUGUUAAAUGCAGAGCUCCUCUAUUGUUGGUCUGGGAGUGUAAGGUGAGGCCUGGGAGUUCGUGCAGGAUGUUAAAUGCAGAGCUCCUGUAUUGUUGGUCUGGGAGUGUAAGGUGAGGCCUGGGAGAUGUGGGAGUUCGUGCAGGAUGUUAAAUGCAGAGCUCCUGUAUUGUUGGUCUGGGAGUGUAAGGUGAGGCCUGGGAGUUGUAGGAGUUCGUGCAGGAUGUUAAAUGCAGUGCUCCUGUAUUGUUGGUCUGGGAGUGAACGGUGAGGCCUGGGAGUUGUGGGAGUUCGUGCAGGAUGUUAAAUGCAGAGCUCCUGUAUUGUUGGUUCUGGGAGUGUAAGGUGAGGCUUGGGAGUUGUAGGAGUUGGUGCAGGAUGUUAAAUGCAGAGCUCCUGUAUUGUUGGUCUGGUAGUGUAAGUUGAGGUCUGGGAGUUGUGGGAGUUUCGUGCAGGAUGUUAAAUGCAGAGCUCCUGUAUUGUUGGUUUUGGGAGUGUAAGGUGAGGCCUGGGAGUUGUGGGAGUUCGUGCAGGAUGUUAAAUGCAGAGCUCCUGUAUUGUUGGUCUGGGAGUGUAGGGUGACGCCUGGGAGUUGUGGGAGUUUGUGCAGGAUGUUAAAUGCAGAGCUCCUGUAUUGUUGGUCUGGGAGUGAACGGUGAGGCCUGGGAGUUGUGGGAGUUCGUGCAGGAUGUUAAAUGCAGAGCUCCUGUAUUGUUGGUUCUGGCAGUGUACACAAUGUUACAGGAUGUUAAUUAGAAACAUUAUAUUGAAAGGCAAUAUAAGGAAAAAAUACUAAGUACAUAGUAGGGGACACUACAGUCCAACAACAAGAAAAGCUGAGGGUGACACAAGUAAUUCUGACAUCAGUGGAAUGAGCGGAGCUUAGUCUUAACUCGGGAAUAAACUCCAAAAACUGACACGGAUUAUGAACAGUUACUUGUAUUGUACUUUGGAGUAAUGACAGAACUUAUCCUGGGGCCAUGAACUAUAAUGAACGUCAAAAUGUACAGCUGAUCCUGCUCUGUAUUGAGUUAAACCAUAAAUCUGUUCAAACACGCAAUUCCAGCAAUAUACUAAUUGAUUAUCAACUAAUCUUAUAUGUUUUGGGAUAAUUUGAUAUUGUUUUCUCUUUAUAUCUUUUGCUUUACAUUAGUGAUAGUUUUAUUAUCAAUUUUUUUCUAGUUUACCUUUUGAUUUACUAAUAGCAGUACUUUGAAUCAAUAUAUUAAACGUUACAUUUUAGUUAAAAUGAUACUAGUAGGCAAGCACUUCUCUAUUUUGUUAAAGGACCACUAUGGGCACCCAGACCACUUCAGCUUAAUGAAGUGGUCUGGGUGCCAGGUCCAGCUAGGAUUAACCCUGCCUGCUGUAAACAUAGCAGUUUCAGAGAAACUGCUAUGUUUACUUUAGGGUUAAUCCAGCCUCUAGUGGCUGUCUCAUUGACAGCCGCUGGAGGGCUUCUCACUGUGAUUUUCACAGUGAGAAGACGCCAGCGUCCAUAGGAAAGCAUUGAUAAUGCUUUCCUAUGGACUGGCAGAAUGCAUGCGUGGCUCUUGCCCCUCAUGCGCAUUCAGCCAGGGACGUCAGAAGAGGGAUGAGAGUCCCAGCGCCGAAGGAGCCCGGCGCUGGAAAAAAGGUAAGGGAUUAACCCCCUUCCUCCCCCUUCAGAGCCACGGGAGUGGGACCCUGAGGGUGGGGGCACCCUCAGGGCACUAUAGUGCCAAGAAAACGAGUUUGUUUUCCUGGCACUAUAGUGGUCCUUUAACUGUUGUUAUAUCUCACAAUUUUAUUAAAGAGGUGAGUGUAAUAUUUACAGAGAAUAUUCCACAAUAAAUGAUGGGGCAGUGAGAAUUUGAUUUCUUUCAUGCAUUACCGUAUAUUUGUAUAACUCCAGAACUCACACAUCCUUGAUCCUGGAAAAGCUGUGAAUUUAAUUGAGUUAGCUUAAGAUUGUAAUAAUAAAAUACUAGAUGUAUUCUACGGAAUUCUAACAAUUGAUUUCAUAUUACCUUUUGCCUUAUUGUCACAUUCUAUAUCUCCCUCCGCCCUACAAUACCUUAUAAUACUUUUAUUCUAUGAGUCGAGUUUACCAAUUAUUUUUCUCUCAAUGUUUUCUGGCAGAUUGUGAACAGUGAAAAGUACAAUGCGUGCGUGGAUUGGUGGUCAUUGGGGGUGAUUAUCUACGAGAUGGCUGUGGGAUAUCAUCCUUUUUAUGAGAAACCAUGGAGAACAAAGACCAGAUUAUCGGACAUUUACACACCAGAGUAUCCUAAGGAUCUCAGCGCUGACACACGCGAUAUAAUAGAAAAGGUCAGCUUGAAUUUGGGCUAUAGGAUAUUAUCAUGGAAUAGAAAAAACUAAAUGGAACUGUGUUAUUAAACAGGUGUCAGAUAGCCGAUAUUUCCUGAUUUACAUAGAACGCUUAUGAGAAGUAUAAAUAGUUGUUAAUUUAUAAGGGAGCGAAUGUAUAUCUACAGGAAGCAAUUUUAUGUAGCAUUAUUUCCCUCAGAUAAUGACGAUAGCCAGAUUGUAAGGACUUAAUGUACUUACAUAAGUUAGAACAUCCCCUCAGCUAUGUACAUACUGUGUAUUGUAUAAUUACUAUAUGUAAAAAUGUACAAUAUCAAAUAGGGUAAAGAUGGCAAACAAAAAUCUCACCCUGGGGUGCGGGGCCUGACUCCUAACAUGGCCGGACGCACUUUUUCUCAGCUCCUGCCACUUCGGGGCUAUUAACCUGUCUGCAUGGCUGCAGUAAAGGGGGCAGCAACCCAGAGCAACUAGCAGCCUGACUACUAGCCAGGCAAGACAUUCCAUCGAGUAAUUGGGCUAUCCGGACCCACGGCCUACUGAAGCUGAAGCUCCUACGGUGGGAGAGGCAGCCAAUCUCCCGACCUGGGGUAAGAGGCUCACCGCUACUUACUCCCAGCCCUGCGAAACUGUACUGAAUUAAAUGAAAAAACUAAAAUGGUAAUUCCUAAGCUUUACUUCCUAAAAUGCCCACAAAACAUACUGUAUUUUGUUUUUAAAAUGAAAACAUACAUUUUUAUUUGAUAGAUAUUGUUUUGUAGGCAGGAGCAGAUUUAUAUAUUCUUCUGUUUCUCUUUACAGCUCCUGUGUAUAGACCCAUCCCAGCGCCUGGGAAAAAAAGGGGAUAUUCGCAGCCACCCCUUUUUUAAAUCUAUAGACUGGCAGGAGCUGGAGGCUGGAAAUGUAUCUCCCCCUGUCGCAUUAUGCAAUGUAAGUACAUGAAUAAAAUGCUAAAUAUUAAAGGAACACUAUAGUCACCUAAAUUACUUUAGCUAAAUAAAGCAGUUUUAGUGUAUAGACCAUUGCCCUGCAAUUUCACUACUCAAUUCACUGUCAUUUAGGAGUUAAAUCACUUUGUUUCUGUUUAUGCAGCCCUAGCCACACCUCCCUUGGCUAUGACUGACAGAGCCUGCAUGAAAAAAAAGCUGGUUUCACUUUCAAACAGAUGUAAUUUACCUUAAAUAAUUGUAUCUCAAUCUCUAAAUUGAACUUUAAUCACAUACAGGAGGCUCUUGCAGGGUCUAGCAAGCUAUUAACAUAGCAGGGGAUAAGAAAAUCUUAAUUAAACAGAACUUGCAAUAAAGAAAGCCUAUAUAGGGCUCUCUUUACAGGAAGUGUUUAUGGAAGGCUGUGCAAGUCACAUGCAGGGAGGUGUGACUAGGGUUCAGAAAUAAAGGGAUUUAACUCCUAAAUGGCAGAGGAUUGAGCAGUGAGGCUGCAGGGGCAUGUUCUAUACACCAAACCGCUUCAUUAAGCUAAAGUUGUUCAGGUGACUAUAGUGUCCCUUUAAAGCAUCAGUAUAUCUGUUUAGCUAUCACUUUUGGAAGAUAAUAUAGGACAUCCAGAAUUUUAUUAAUGCUUCACAUAUUGACACAAUCAAAUGCUUUAAUAAAUAAAUGUUGAAAGAUGAAAAACUGAACCAUUUUUACUAGGGGUGCACCAAAAUUUUCGGCCGAAAAUGGGCCUAUCAUUACGGACGAAAAUGGGUCAAAUUUGCCAAAAUGUAGUUUUUUUUAAAUAUUUUUUAUUUAUGCAGUGCAUAGUUUAACAGACAUGCUUGCAUUGACAAUUCAGAUGAAUAUAUAUCACAAUGAAAGAUAAGAAAAGAACACUAUGGGCCGGGGGAGGAGGGGGGAAAGAACACUAUGGGACUAGGGAGGAAAGAAGACUAAAAAAAAAGGAGGGAAGAGGAACACUAGAGGGGGGAGAGACAAACAUUUAAGGGGGGGUGGACUAAGGUACAUGGAAGGGAAACAUACCCCUGGGGCAGGGGGAACACUAAAAGAGAAUAUUAGAUUCAUUCAAUUAAUUAUAAAGUCUAAUAUUAAUAAAAAUAUUAUAGAAAAAAAAACUAUUUUAAAAUCAUUUGGGGGGAAAAAAGUCAUUUUCUGUUUCGGUUUUUGGCAAAGGGCAUCCUGAAUUUUCGGUUUCGGACCAGAAUUUUCAUUUUGGUGCAUCCCUAAUUGUUUACCUUUCAUGGUUAUUCUAAUAUCAAUGUUUAUAUUCUUUCUCUGUAGAGAUCAUCCUUGGAAAGCUUCAUGGAAAUUGUCACCACUGAGGAGGCGCUGUCACUUUUACCUGCCUUAGAGUUUAAACUUGGUUCAUCUUUCCAAAAACAAUUCGAAGGAUUUAAUUACAUAAACCCCAAAUGGAUGAAGCUAUCAAAUCCAGAAAAGAAUAGGAAGAGAAAAGAGAGAGAGGGCGAGAUUGAAAAACCAAAUACUGCAGGAAAGAAAAGGAAAGUGGAACCAUCAAAGCCAACAGAAGGUCCUUCAUGUUCUCCUGAAGCAAUCAAUAGGAAGAAAAGAAACAGAGAGGGCGAGAUUGAAGAACCAAAUACUGCAGGAAAGAAAAGGAAAGUGGAACCAUCAAAGCCAACAGCAGGUCCUUCAUGUUCUCCUGAAGCAAUCAAUAGGAAGAGAAGAAAGAGAGGGCGAGAUUGA